CAGUCAGUCCUACACCUUUUGAACGACGACUUCAAUGGUUGUCAUGAGUUAGCACAAAUGUCCGAGUCCAACCCGUACUCUAACAAUCUUCAUCACAUCGUUCAUCGGCGAGAACCAGACUACUGGAACUCCAGGUGGUGGGCUGAUCGCCUGUCUCACCCUCACCUAGCACAGAUAUACGUACCGGGUGAUGCAUCGGCAACCGAGAAGGAUGGGCGGACAGCUGCACGAGAUUUUGUCAACGAAGUAGAGAGGUUCAGUACCUCUCGACAGAAGAAGUCCUCGGAACAGCUUGCAGCGCUGGAGAAGCGCCAAUGGGAAGAGAUGACAACUCUUGCGAAGAUUAUUAUUGCAAUGGAAAACUAA